UGUCUCAUUUCCUGCAUAAAAUCACUUUACAGAUUGGAUAGCCUUAAUUUGUAUCCAUCAAAUUGCUUUUAGUUAAAGAGCUGCAGGAAACAUAAUGUUUGAAUUCAGAAUCGUAUUGAUUGGAGUAGAAAGUUUUGGGAUGUGUUCAUGAUAUCAAACAAAAAGAAACAAAAUGCAAAUUAAAAAAAGGGGAAAAAAGAAAGAGUAAAUAAUAAGGCCAAAAACUUCAUUUCCGCCCCUUAAACAUUGAACUAACUAUUUUCUCUAUUCCAAAGACAAAACACAACUAAGUGUAGAACAUGGUGAAACUUUGUCAGCAUUGAAAUGUGGUGAUCCGUGUUUCUUGAUGAUGAGAGUAAAAUAAAAGAGAGAGGUGUGUUUCUUAAACUUAGAAUUGAUAGUUUAGGUAUGAAACUCACACUCUCACUAGUUUAGGUAUGAAAUUCAAAAAAACAGAAAUAAUUUAAAAGUGUUUUUGACACUUUAUAUCUAUAAUAUUUCAUAACUUAUUUGACGCUCUACCUAAUAUAUGUCUAUUUAUCUCUCUUAAAUUUCGGGUUGAAUCAUACCCGAAUAGAAGUGUUCAUAGACGGGUAUAGUGGAUGCGAAGAGGCCACGCCUCGCAUUUCGUUAGGGAAAAAGGGCCUGUUAAACCCCAAUCGAGAUCAAAUUUUGAAGUUUCCAUUGAUCGCUUAAUUAGUUGCUAUAGAGAGAAAGAAUGGCGAAUUUGCGAAGGACACUUCUAUUCACCAUUCCUCGAAUCCUCAAUUCCUCUAACAGAACAUCUCUUGCAACCUCCACACUCCAAUCUCACAGUCUUUACAGGCCUUUAGCUGGAACGUUUUCGCGUUUUAUUUCUUCCAAUGAGAUGAAUAUCGAUCUUUCCGACGAAGAGAUCAAAAGACAUUUAUUUAACAGGCUUAUUUAUUGUAGUAAACAAAGAGGGUACCUGGAGCUAGACCUUGUUCUUGGCAAAUGGGUGGAGGAACAUAUACAAUCCAUGGACGAAAAUGGAAUUAAGUCCCUUGUUCAUGUCCUUGACCUGGAGAAUCCGGAUUUGUGGAAGUGGCUGACUGGUCAGGAGCAACCCCCAGAUGCAAUAAGCACAAAUCCUGUGUUUUCUGCUGUGCGUGAAAAGGUUAUGAACAACCUUGACAAACAUACUUCUCCGGAGACUCGUGCUCUUCCAGGAAAACCUUGGGUGAGAGGGUGGGGUGAUAUCAAGAAAGGCCGAGAUGCGCCUAUAGCUGGGAAUCAGUAGAUUUUUUUCUGCUAGAAGGUGUCAAAGAGCAACUAAUUUGUAGUCUUGUAUAGGGAGUCAUUAUUAUGUAUGUGUAUUAAUAAGUAAUAGGUUGUCAGUUCUGUUUCAAUAAGGCCUCAGUAUAUGCUGAGUGUUAGCCUGGCCUGCACCCAUAUUGUUAUUGCUAUGAUAAAACCUUUAAUGUAAAAGCAUUUCUUUGGUUUAUACGUGGAACUCGAAGUCCUAAAUGCCACCAUUUUGGUUUGAACUUCAAUACAAAAUUUAACAA